AUGGUGAACAUAUUUUGCAUAAUACAUGUCUUUUAUGUUUUGUUUCAGGAAUGCAGUAAAAAACAGAAAAAUGAUGAUACGGAAAGUACAUCUGUUGAUGCGUUGAGUUCAAGUGAUGGUUUUGAAGAGAAAAAUGAGUUUCAUACAUUGGCUAAUGCUAAAAUACUCCUUAGCGACUGCCUAGCUUGUGACAAUUGUAUGACGUCGGAAGAAGGAGCGAGAGUUUUCCAACAGAAUCAGAAAGAGCUCUUUUGUAUCCUUAACCUUAAUAAGAAAUGUGAUACCUCAAAACACAAAGUGUUGGCAGUGUCUAUAUGCCCUCAGUCAUUGCCUUAUUUUGCUGCUAAAUUCAGUCUCUCUGUGAAUGAUGCAGCCAAGAGACUCUGUGGUUUCCUCAAAAGUCUCGGGGUGCAUUAUGUAUUUGACACCACUAUAGCUGCUGAUUUCAGUAUCCUGGAGAGCCAGAGGGAAUUUGUGCAGCGGUAUCAACGGAGAAACCAGGAGGAGCAUGCCUUACCAAUGUUUGCCUCUGCUUGCCCUGGUUGGAUCCGGUAUGCUGAGAGGGUACUUACCAAUCUUGUGACCUCUCACAUUUGCACUGCAAAGUCUCCACAGCAGAUCAUGGGCUCCCUGGUGAAGGGCUACUUUGCCAGGCAGCAGAACUUAUCUCCUGAUAAAAUUUACCAUGUAAUUGUGGCGCCUUGUUAUGACAAAAAAUUGGAAGCCUUGCGGGAAGAUUUCUACACUGCCUUGUAUAAUUCACAAGAAGUUGAUUGUGUUCUGACAUCAGGUGAAAUUGUCCAAAUAAUGGAACAGAAAAAUGUGUCUAUGAAAGAUGUGACUGAAGUAGCUGUAGAUAGUUUGUUUGAUGAAAUAAAGGAGGGAGAUGUAGUAAGGCAUGAUGGGAAGAGAUCUGAUGGUUACCUGGAGCACAUUUUUAAACAUGCUGCAAAGGAGCUUUUUGGCAUGGAUGUCAAGGAAAUCACCUACAAAGCAUUAAAGAACAAGGACUUUCAAGAAGUUACCCUUGAAAAGGAUGGUGAGACAGUCCUGCGUUUUGCAGCAGCUUAUGGCUUUAGAAAUAUCCAAAACAUGGUUCUGAAGUUGAAAAAAGGAAAGUUUUUAUACCAUUUUGUAGAAGUUCUUGCCUGCCCAGGAGGGUGCCUAAAUGGAAAAGGUCAGGCACAAACUGAAGAUGGAAAACCAGAUAAAGCACUGCUUAACCAGAUGGAAGAAGUGUAUGCUGCAAUACCUGUUAGACUUCCAGAAGCCAACAUGCACGUACAAAAGAUGUACCAGGACUGGCUGGAAGGCAUGGACUCUAAGAAGGUCCAGGAAACUUUGCACACCAAAUACAGUGCAGUAAAUCAAACAGCAGGCAAUUUGGAUAUCAAAUGGUAAUAAAUCAAACUUGCAAAAGAUUUGUUUAUGCUAGUUACAGAUUCAGCACUGGAAACAUUCUAUGCAAUCGCAGAUGCUAUGCACUAGCCGAGUGUAUGAAUGAGAUGCUUCCUAAUUGUGGAUUAUUAUUUGUGAAGAACUGUUGCUUUUUAAAAACAGAAAGAGAAGUCUCCGAAAGCCCUGGUUCCUGCCAUUGUCAUUUAACUUUUACUGUGUGUAAUAUCCUGUGUGUAAUGGAUUUCUUUAUUAAAAAAUGUGAUCUUGCAAGGUACCUAAGCACUUUCUGCCAGGGGCAGGGAGUG